CUAAUUUGACAGGUUUGUUACACGUUAUCUUUUUUUAAUACAAACUUUAGUAAACGGAUGAAAUGUUUACAAUGAAGAAAUGGCUUAUUAAGCUUAAACCCAAUGAUACCAGACCUCUUGCUAAAUUUUAUUGGGCAGAUCAAGAAAUGGAAGAAAUUUUGAAGGAGUUAGGAAGUUUUGUUGGUAAAAAAGACCCAGAUAGAUGUUCAAAAGUAGUUAGAGAGAUGAGACAUAAGCAAUGCGAUAUAUUAGGUCAUAUUGAAGCUAUGGUUAGGGAAAAUUUUAUAAAUACAAAUGUAAAUGACAAUGCCUGCAAAAAACACCAAAGCCCACAAAAUAAAUCAAACGAUAGUGAUCGACUAAACACUCAAAGUCUAAUAUCAAAUCCCGAUUUUGACGGUCGUUUAUUUAGAAUUAAAUACCCUGAAGAAUUGAAUAUGAGACCCUACCUAUUCCUUGAUAAUCUUAUAAAUUUAACAUACGAAGGAGAAAGUUUUAAUUCAAACUCUAAUUUGUUGCAAGAUCCUAUUCAUGAUCAUAAUACGAUUUUAAAUGAUCGCACAAGUUCGUUUGAAUAUAGCUCCAUUGACUCAAUCAACACAAACUCCACUUCACCUAAUUUCAAUGCAGGAUCAACUCUAUAUCCGGGAUUUAUUUGGUUUGCAGCUGAGUGCUUGGCCUUAGGCUCAUUGGCUAGAUUGCAAAGGUUGGAAGAUAUUCAGCAUCUUGUUUCUUUGUCAAAAUGUUUGAUAACAACAAUUCAACUUCUCAGAAAAUGUCUGAAGACACAAGCCUUAAUAGACCCCUCGCAUUAUCCCGAAACGGUUAAAAACGCGCUUUUGAUAUUCGAUAAAAUCUUCGCGAAAUUUGAAUUCAUAUAUAUCAGUAAUAUGGUGCCUGUUAAAACUGUAAAGGAAUACAAUUUUCUUCAAGACGUUAUAGUUUUGUUUUCGGAAACAUUAGAAAAAGCUAUAAAUAAGGGAUACAUCAAUCUAGAACAAAUAGAAGCAUACGAUCCAACGAUUAUGUUCACAUUACCUCGCCUUUCGAUUAUCAACGGUUUAAAGAUGUCUCCAGACGGGCCCUUAAAUUUGGAUGAAAAUUUGGGAGAAUUGGCUGGCAUGUUCAAACCUUUUCGUAACUUAUUAUCAAGAAUAAAAGAAUUUAUAGAAAUCCUUUCGGAUGAGGAAUUGAAGUCUUUGGAGUUGAAAGUUAGCGAUAAUCAACAGGAUUCAUUUGCAGAUUUCAGCGAGAAAAAGGAAGAAUGUAUCGAUCGUAACAAUGAAUUAAUGUUAAAGCAGUCUCGCGUUCUCUUGAGGAGUGCCAAUGGAACGAGAAACAAUCGUAAACCUAUCAGGAUAAUUUUAUGUUAUAAUUCUAGACAGAAGAGGGGAUUUUCUAACCUUAAUAAUCGAUCAUCGCGCAAUCAUAGGGGAAAAGAGCCCGAUUUUUUGCUUGAUGAAAGCUUUAUUAAAGAUGGUAGAAGGAUUGAUGUUAAUAGUAAGAACACGAUUAACAGUGAAAUAGUUACCGAUAAUAACAAUAAAACACACGUCGACAUUAAAAGCGAUAAUUUGAAAUUUGUAUUACGGAUAGGUCGGCGGAAUCAACACAAAAUCAGAAAAGUUUUUAAAUUACAUAGAGAUAAUAGGAGGCUUACAAAGUCUAUGAUGAAUUUUAUGAAUCAAAAUGAAAAAAUGAAUAAAUCGCAAAAUGGGGAGCUAUCCAAAUCUUUAUCUGAUUAUGAAUGUGUGCUCAAAACGAGGAAAGAAAUGUUGCACAUGCUCUUUGUUUGCAUAUCUGGCGUUGCCGAUCAAUUACAAACCAAUUUCGCUCCUGAUUUUCGGUACAUUCUAAAAAUCGUUUUCGAUAUACAUACUAAAGAAUCGAAUAUUGAUCUUCCGAGUCAUAACAAUGAAAAAGUUGGAUACGUUCAAUCCCCAUCAACCAGCAUUACUUUCGAAAAUAUAGAAAGCGAUGAUAUAGUUCAUGAAUCGAGUCGAAAUUUCCCUGCUGAAAAUAGAAACACUGCUAAAUUUUGCCAAUUUCCUACAGGAAAUAACGAGAUUUCCAACAUACAACAAGACUUAUUUGACACAUUAUUGCCCACCUUUUAUAUUGACGAAUCAACUCAAAAUAGGAAUUUCUUGAUACCCCAAAACCAAUAUAUCUGUACUGAUAAUAACAACCAACAUGAUGAUGCCACUGAAAGCGGUAGGAUUCAUAAAAUUUCAGAUCAAAAAUCAAAACCACCCUUAUGGAUGCCCGAUUACGUUUGCGAUUCUUGUCACUCUUGCAAAUCGAAAUUCACUAUAUUACGAAGGAGACAUCAUUGUAGAAAUUGUGGAAAGAUUUUUUGCUCCAAAUGUUCCGACAAUUUCAUAUCUCUUCCUCAUUACGGUAUAAAUGAAUCAGUUCGAACAUGUUUAGCAUGUUAUCCUGACCUCAAAUCGUCAAUAAUUAAUUAGAUCUCAAAGAGGGCACAAAUUUUUCAAUCAAUUCAAAAGUCUCCUUCCCUUACGAAAAUUCUGUAUACACUGAUGAAAGUGCUCAAUUAUUAUAAUUUGAGAAAUAUUUUAUUCAUUUUG